AUGAGAAAGGGGAUCCAACCCGCCCUGGAGCAGUUCCUGGUGACCGCCGGGGGUGGGGAGGGGGCGGCCGCCGCCGCUGCCGCCGCCGCCGCUGCUGCAGCCUCCAUGGACAAAAGGGCAUUGCUGACCAGCCCGGGCUUCCCAGCCGCCGCCGCCCCCGGCACUUACAUCCAGAUCCUCACCACGAACACUACCACCACCUCCUCCUCCUGUUCCUCUUCCCUCCAAAGUGGGGGUGCCGCCGCCGGCCCCCAGCACACUAAUGUUCCCGGCGUGGAGCAGACUGCCGGCAGCCUCCUCUACUCCACCCCGCACGGACCCUCCAGCCGAGCCGGGCUGCUGCAACAGCAACCAGCCUUAGGACGAGGCGGCGGUGGCGGCCCUCCGGCAAAGCGAAGGCUGGAACUAGGAGAAAGUGGUCAUCAGUUUCUCUCAGAUGGUCUAAAAACCCCCAAAGGCAAAGGAAGAGCUGCAGUAAGAAGUCCAGAUAGUCCAAAAACUCCAAAAUCUCCCUCAGAAAAAACACGGUAUGAUACGUCACUUGGUCUACUCACCAAGAAGUUCAUUCAGCUAUUGAGCCAAUCCCCAGAUGGGGUCUUGGAUUUGAACAAGGCAGCCGAAGUGCUUAAGGUGCAAAAGAGGAGGAUUUAUGAUAUCACCAAUGUGCUGGAAGGCAUCCACCUCAUUAAGAAGAAAUCUAAAAACAACGUUCAGUGGAUGGGCUGCAGUCUAUCUGAUGAUGGGGGCAUGCUGGCUCAAUGUCAGGGUUUGUCAAAGGAAGUGACGGAGCUCAGUCAGGAAGAGAAGAGGCUAGAUGAGCUAAUUCAAAGCUGCACCUUGGACCUUAAGCUGUUAACAGAAGAUUCAGAGAAUCAAAAGUUAGCUUAUGUUACAUAUCAAGAUAUUCGAAAAAUUAGUGGCCUUAAAGACCAAACUGUUAUAGUUGUGAAAGCCCCUCCGGAAACAAGACUUGAAGUGCCUGAUCCCUUAGAGAGCCUACAAAUACAUUUAUCAAGUAACCAAGGACCCAUUGAAGUUUACCUGUGUCCAGAAGAGAAUGAAACACACAGUCCAGUAAAAUCCUACAACCAAGACCACAAUGGAAAUAUUCCCAAACCCAGUUCCAAAGACUUGGCCUCCACCAACUCAGGACAUGCCGAUUGCUCCAUUUCUAUGGCAAACCUCUCUCCUUUGGCUUCUCCAACUAAUCUGCUCCAGCAGACCGAGGACCAAAUUCCUUCAAACCUAGAAGGACCUUUUGUGAACUUAUUGCCUCCCUUGAUCCAAGAAGACUACCUGCUAAGCCUUGGGGAAGAAGAAGGCAUCAGUGAUCUCUUUGAUGCUUACGAUUUAGAAAAACUUCCACUGGUUGAGGACUUUAUGUGCAGUUGAUUGUUUUGUGUUCAUUCUCUCUAUCUAUAAACCAAUAUUUUUUUAUCAUGGAACUAGAACAUCUGUCCUUCAGUGUUGUCCCUUGCCACCUU